AUGACAAAAUCACUUGGUGUUACAUUGAAUGGAACUAUUACAAUAAUUAAUCAAAAUAAAGACAUUAAUGAAUUACCAUUUAAUACAUCUUUUAUUCAAAUAGGUUCUGUUAAGAAAUUAGAAGAUAAAGAUCAAACAAAUAAAUUCAUAUCUGAAAUACCUAUCAUUAAAACAAAAGAUAAUAAAAAUAUAACUAUAAAAGAUAUAUGGAAGAAAAAAUUAUAUAUUACAACAGAACAUCCUCUCCCUUCUGAACUCAUAAGACAAAAAGUUCUUCAUAUUGAAGAAUAUCUUUGUACUCCAAUUGAAUGUUGUAUUGAUGAUGUAAUUAAGAAGAAGAAACAACUUACUUCACAAUUUAUUAUCUCAAAUCAAAGAAAUACUCCUACAAUGACUCUCUUAUCUCUUUUACAAGGUUCAUUAAUUCCUCAAGUGAAUGGUGGAAUUAUUGAAUAUUUUGAAAUGAUCAAAAGUACUGAUAUUAAUAAAGAAUAUCGUGAACAAUUAUUGAAUGAAAUAACUUCAUUUCUUGAUUUAUGUAAUGAAUGUUUAAAUCUUUAUGAAACAAUAUUAAACAAGAAAUAUUUUCAACUUCAUUUAAAAAUGAAAGAUGGAUUACAUUCUCUCUAUUCAAUUUUGAAUUCUCUUAUUAUUAAUGAUUAA